AUGGCCUCCACCUCAUCAAACAAGUCGCGUUGUGCAACAUGUGGCAAAAACAUUGGAACUUUUACCUGUCGUGGAUGUUCACAAGAUUUUUGCCUGUCACAUGCUCAAGAACAUCGUCAAUUACUUGGUAAACAAAUGGAUGAAGACGUCAUACUCAUGCACGAUCAGUUCCAGCAAUGUCUCAAUGAACAGGUUAAACAGCCUAGUCUGCAUCCUCUAAUGAAAGAAAUUAAUGAAUGGGAAAAACAGUCAAUUGAAAAAAUACAACUAGUUGCUCAAGUUGCUCGACAGAAAGUCCUCAAUAUUAUAAGUAAACACACAGAUAAUGUGAUAAUAGCUUUAACAUCAAUCAAAGAACAGUUGAGUAGAGCUCGAGAUGACGAUGAUUUCUUCGAAUCUGAUAUUAAUGAAUGGAAAGAAAACCUGGAAAAAUUAAAAACGGAUUUAAAUACACCGAAAGCAAUUACAAUUAAGUUUGACCAUAAGAUGAACUCCUUCAUACCGAAAAUAUCUAUUAGCGAAGGACUGAUGAUUAUUGAAACUUUUGAAAAAAUUCUCGGAGAUAUCGACAUACAAGACAAAGGUCGACUUAUCACACAUGGAAGUUCGAAGGGAUACGCAUUAGUACGGAGUAAAGGAGAAUAUUCAUCGGGACAGCGUCUAUUUCGUUUUAAGAUCGAAAAUAUAGGUACUGGAAAUUGGAUUCUUUUCUCCGUUGUAUCUAAAAACGCUCCAAUAACAGAGCUGUCAUAUAGUACUCCCACAACUUAUGGUUGGGCCGGAAUCAAUCAAGUAUAUCUCAAUGGUACAUGUAGUAAUGGUUUCAAUGGUUACAAAACAGAUAUGGAAACGAAUCAUACAUUAGAAUUCAUGGUUGACUGUGACAAACAGAAACUACGAUUGAAAAAUGAGCAAACCCAAAGCAUAUAUGAACUUGAUAUUGAUAUCAACAAAUGUCCCUUUCCAUGGUACAUUAUUCUCAAUAUCUAUCACCCAGAUACUCGUGUUCGAUUUCUGCAAUAA